AUGAGUCGUCAACGCCCCCGUCUGAGGAACGGGGUCGAUAUCCAGCUCCAGUCUGCUUUUCAAGAUGGCAACUGGUCUGUGGCCAUGAGACUGGCCUCCCAGCGAGCUCGCACUUUUAACGAUCAGUACUUUGAUAUUGUGAAAAUCUGCGCUGAAAGUCAGCUGGACGACCCUAAUACAAAGUUCGCGGCUGUCGCAGCUGUCGACAAGUUCGUCAAGGACGGCACCGUGGUUAAAGACGUGGAUGGAAUAGACUUGCUGGAAUGGGCGACAUUGGACCUGAUUUCUGAAGAUGCGUUUCCCGAAACACUCGGUCCCUUACGCGUAAGGGCCGUCAAAGCUGCGCCCAAGGACAAAAUUGCUUCUACGAGGUGUUUGCAGUCAUGUUUGUUACACUGGGAUUUGGUCAGCGCUCAGCAGAUUGCUGCCAUGAUCGACAGGUCGUCUGCCCAAGAAAGGGACUUUAUGUUCUGGAACAUAAUCAUUACUCACAUGUUGGCUACGAGCAGUCAAUCACCACCGGAGAAGAAGAAGCUUUACGGCAUGCUUGCACUAAAGCAAAUAGAACGUGCUGCUCAACUCACCGAACAGGCGCAUACAUCAAAGUCAGAGGAAACACCAGCCCGUGGAAUCAAGACUGAGGAAGAAAUUCUGCUACUAUACGACAUCAUAGAAACACAUGGGACAGCGGAUGAUGUCCAAAAGCUCACCCAAAGCUCUCUAUUCUCACCAGUUGCGCAAUUCCGACUUGGAAGGAAAGAGUUGUUCCAGCGGACUGCGGCAAGAUAUCGCAAACAACAAGAAUGGGAGGCACUGUAUAGUCUCUGCGAAGCCUGCUUGUCGCACACUGACGAGAACGGAGAACUCUCGCUAUUGGCCUGUGACUGGCUCGUCUGGAAGAACUUCAUUCAGGCGGCAUCACAUCUUAGGAACUCAAACAUAGAGGCCACGGAAAGAGUACAGAAAUUGCUGGUCAAGCUCGCGCAAUACAAAGGGUUGAAGCCCAUUUAUAAGAGAAACGUGAUUUUGGCCCGCGUCUCUGCCGCCUUUAUUCUCAAAACGAACGAUGUCGAUGAUAUCAAGGACGGUCAGCCUUCAUCACUACGACUGCGGGAACUAGUCAACUAUAUCCAGGACCAGAAAACCAGUGCUGCUUGCUUUGAUGAUGUAAAAGAGCUGCUGGAACUGCUUGAUGUUGCAGGGUUAAAGUAUAUGGCGUAUACCUACACCCCUGAGCUGGCAAAGUCGGUUAAGGACCCUGUGUUGUCUGCAAGAGUCAAUCUGCUAGCCCUAAAGAUCCAAUAUCUUCUUUCCACUUGUCCCAUUGGACGAGCGCCGAUAGCUGGAGAGAAACCCAGCUCACGAUGUUUAGCUUGCGAUGCGCAGUUUGCAUCCGAGUCCUGCCCUGUUUGUCUGGCCAAGAUCUCCAGCGCCGCGUUGAGGGCAUACAAGUCUGCAACGAAAGAUUUUGCAGAGAACCCAACUGGUCAGAAUGAACUUCUCCCCGAACUUUCUAUGUUGGUUGCAUUUUGCAACGUUCAAUUAGCUUUCCAAAGCCGCUUGGGGUAUAUUCACUCGUCACCGCCAGCUUCACAAUAUCUUCUACGCGCUCUGUUUGUUCUGGAACAUCAAGCUUUUCUCACCCCUAAGCACAGCCAGAUAUCUCUUGUACUUGUGCAGCUACACCUUCUUUUAGGAUCUGCACACAGAAGUCGAGAGGCUUGGCAUGGUCUGGCUGUGAAGAGAACGAUUGUGGAUUCACUUGCUCCCAUCUUCUACGAUCGUCUGUCCACCAUAGCACCAAUUAUCUUGGACUCAUCAGAUUCGUGGGGCUGGGAACUCAUUGAGACUCUGCGGUCUCAUUUUUCAGUGUCGCUGAAGCUGAAGAUGCCGAGAAGAUUGAUCGAUGCAUUCGAGGCAGGCAGCUAUGGGAGCAUUCUUGACAUGCCCAAGUAUAUUGAGAAUUUGAGAUCUGGAUGUACAAGAGCCAUGAGUUUGGUGGAGGAAGUCAGGGCGGAUAGGCUACUUGGCGAGCCUUGCGGCGAAUUUUUGAACGACCCCCGGUUUUACGAAGUUCCUGAUGACUUGGUGUUGAGAAGUGUCGUUGACUACGGAUCAUUCCCCUCGUGGGAGAGCAGUUCGUCACAGCCAAUAUACGACAGACUUCGUCUUGGCCCCGCACCCUCUAAUACUCGAUCCCACCUUGGUCUUUUGGCCGAAGCUUUCCAAGACAUACUGUUGUACCGACCACCGACAGUUUACAAAGCCACGGCGGCAGUCAUGGGCAUCGACUACACGUUUGUUAUUGAGAUGAUGGGGCGACUCAGCAACUCCAUGGCGAAGUUCAUGGGCAAGGCGUCGGCUCACUGUACCUCAAGUGAGAUACUCUACUACGAGACGGUUAAUUUGCUAGCUACAUUGCUUCCUCUAUGUGUGGGAAUCGACAAGUCAGCACCACUUCCAGACAUUUUGAAGCAAAUCACCGACGCUGUAAAGGCUUCAAUAACAACCCAACUUGACGAGCUCCCAACUCUGGAUGGAACUGUUGGAAACGUUGUAGCAACACUGCGGUCAUUUCAUGGCAUUACCAUGCUGCAUGAUACAGCGAUGGCUGCCAAGCUGGCAACGCAGUGGAUUCUAUCUUUCAACGAGCGAGAAAAGGAACGUGACCGAUCAGGCAGCAGCAACUUGCCGAAAGAGGUCAUAUCACAGGUCAAAGCAGUGCAAACAGCUUCAGAGUCAGCUUUAAAGGCCGCUAAGGAGCUCGUUGCCAAGUUAAAAAGUGAGAUUGGCACCGGAAGCGAGUUCGGCGGAAAAUUACGGACUUGGGUGUUUGAGGAUGCUGGUGGCGAAUUGAAUGAAUUGGUGGAAGAUGGAACAGUGAAAGAAGUAGUUGCGAGUUGGAGACAAAACAUUGCAGGAUGGGGACAGGUAAAAUGGGAAUAG